CACAAUUAUGAGGAAAUAGAAUAUAAUGAAGACGAGAAAAUGGAAUAUAGUGAUGAAGAAAUAGCAGAUGACUCUCAAGAUGAAUCAGAACUAGAUUCAAAUGCUUUUUACUGUUUUUGUGAUUGGGUUCGAGAAGAAAGAUCAAUGCUUCCUUCGCCUCAUGAAAAUGCUAUUCAUUUACCUAUUAACAAGUUAUCUGCUAAGAUGGUUAAUAAAGUAAAAUCUUUUAUUAGAUUGACUGGUGAACAACAUAGAGAAGGAAAAUAUACGCGAAAAAAGAUAGAUAGAUCAAUAACAGUGCAAUAUGAAAAGCAUGAUAUUGAUGUGUGCGACAAAUGCACUCUUUUUAAAUGUGCAUUAAAAGAAAACAAUAAUAUAAAUGAAGACCUUGAUAACCAAUUUGCUAUACAUAUGCAUAAUUAUCAUGCCAUGAGAGAAAUAUAUGAAAGUGAUAUCCAAAUAGCAAAAGCUGCCUACAAUCCUCAACAACUAGGCAGAUGGUACUAUUCGUCAUUAUUGAAAGUGCACCAGUUUGGAUUAGUAGACGAAGGUAUAGAUCAUCAUUGGCAUGCUCUUUACACAGAGGCAAAAGCAUCAAAAAGAGCAAAUGAAGUUACAUCUAUAGUGCAUUUAUUUCUUACUUCUGUUGCGGCACUUAGCUUAUUGUAUUGUAAACCUCUGACCAUUCAAAAAUAUCAUUGUUUUCAGUUUAGUAGUGAAAAUCCUGGUACAAUGAAGGCUAAGGUAAAACUUACAGAUUUAUGGAAUGAAUUCCUAUUAUUAAAACAAAAUGUUGAUGUGGAAAGUUUGAAUCCUCAAGAACUUCUACAAAAAGGUUUUCCUGAAGAAAAACUGCCAAGCAAUGAUUUAAUAGAAAGGGUUGGAAAGCAAAAAAGAGACCAUGCCAAAGAGGCACAGCAAAAGCAAAAUGUUAAAAAAAAGAAA